GCCGGCGGAGGAGGAGGGCGCUGAAGCCACACCCAUCUGCGAGCGGAUCCGGGGGCAGCGAGUCGUCGGCCGCCGAGCUCCAGCCUCCGCCCGCACCGAGCAGCGGGACCCGGGCCGCACCGGGGAGGGGCCGCUCCGGGCCGCAGCGCGAGGGCAACGAGGGGCGGCGGGGACCCGGCACCGGGCGGGGCCGGCGGCAGCGACCAUGAUCGCUUUGUUCAAUAAGCUGCUGGACUGGUUCAAGGCCCUGUUCUGGAAGGAGGAGAUGGAGCUCACACUGGUCGGGUUGCAGUACUCGGGCAAGACCACCUUCGUCAACGUGAUCGCGUCAGGACAGUUCAAUGAGGACAUGAUCCCCACCGUGGGUUUCAACAUGCGCAAAAUCACCAAAGGGAAUGUGACCAUCAAGCUCUGGGACAUUGGGGGACAGCCCCGUUUCCGCAGCAUGUGGGAGCGCUACUGCCGGGGAGUGAGUGCCAUCGUGUAUAUGGUGGACGCUGCGGACCAGGAGAAGAUCGAGGCCUCCAAAAAUGAACUCCACAACCUGCUGGACAAACCUCAGUUGCAGGGCAUACCGGUCUUAGUCCUGGGUAACAAGCGGGACCUCCCAGGGGCACUGGAUGAGAAGGAACUGAUUGAAAAAAUGAAUCUGUCUGCCAUCCAGGACCGAGAGAUCUGCUGCUACUCCAUCUCCUGCAAAGAGAAAGACAACAUUGACAUCACCCUACAGUGGCUUAUUCAACACUCAAAGUCACGGAGAAGCUGAGACCGCGGCCCUUCUCCCUCUGACCAGGGACGGCGGUGAUCUAAACCUGAAGCCGAGCUCCCCGCCCACCCCAUCCCCCCCAACCCACCCCUCCUCACUCGGUGAGGGGACGGCCCUCUGGGGCUCCCAGAGUCCCAUUCUGCUGAGGUUUGAACUCCUGUUUUUAUUGUAAAAUAAAUUGCCCCCCAUCUGGGCCCCUAACCUCUCCCCCUUCUCUACCUUCAUCCCUUCACCCAACCCUGCUUCCCUCCAGCAGCCCUGGCCCCACGGCCCCCAGCUUCCCCCUGUCCUGCGCCUCUACUUCCCUUUUCAACACUCUCUGUUGUUGUCCUGUGUGUACAGUAUAUAUAUGUAUAUAUAUUUUAAUUUUUUAAUUUAAGCAAAGACUAAAAUCAACCAUUUGAUGCUGCAGGGGCCAUUCAGGAUCUGGGAGGGGGCAGUCUGGAGAGAAGGAAAGAGAUGCAGGGUGGGCUUGGGGCAAGUUCAGACCCUAGGCAGAGGCUGGCACCUGGGUCAGGUACCAGCCCCAGGUGCUGGUGGCUGCUUCCGUGUCCUGCGUGUUUCUGUCUCCCAGCCUGGCUUGCCAGAGACCACCAGGCCUAAGGGGCAGGCAAGCGGUGUCCAUGCUGCCCCAGCACCCUCUCCGCCUGUUCCUGGUCCCUGGCUCCUGCCCCUACCCAGGGCCCCCACCUCCAGGGCCCACCUCUUUUUCUGUUCUCAUUUUGCAGAGUUGCACAAGGAGAGAACUCAGCAUGGGGGGUUGGUUCUUUGGGUUUUGUUUUUGUUUAUUUGUUUAAUUUAAUGAUUUGUAAAGUGAUGUUCCUCUUCCUUUUUUACACUUUUCAGCUCAUAUUUAACCUCUGUUUGGAAUAUGAUUCUUGUAACUGUACAAUUUUUUUUGCCUCCUAAUAAUAAUAACAACAAUAAAUUACCAAUUUUGCGUUGG